AUGGCUCACCGUGCCCAGAUGCGAGGCCGGUCCCUGGCUUAUAUGUUAUGCGCAUGGCUAGGUCUGACAUGUAGUGCUGGAGCUUUCUACUUACCUGGGUACUCCAUCAAGAGUUAUCGUGACAACGAAGCUAUCCCGGUAUUCGUGAAUAAGAUCUUUUCAGACAGUACCCAGUUGCAAUACGCAUACUUUGAACUUCCUUUCGUGUGCCCUCCGACCGGAAAGAAACAUGGCUCUCCUUUUAGGAGUGGGCACAGCAUAUCGCUCAACCUGGGUGAGGUGCUCCGAGGGGACAGGGUCAUGGCAUCUGACUUCGAUGUUGUCAUGGGGAAGGAUGUUGAAUGCCAAUUCCUUUGUAACCGCCCGAUCGACCGACAAGCUGUCAAACGGGCCAAGGAAUUGAUUAUGGAUGGAUAUGUUGCGGAAUGGAUUAUGGACAAUCUUCCGGGAGCUACGAGUUUCAUAACCGUAGACCGUUCGCAAAAGUACUAUGCAACAGGCUUUAAGCUGGGAUACCUAGAUUUCUCCCCCAUGGACGGCAAACCCACAUACUAUAUACACAAUCAUUUCACCUUUGUCAUCCGCUGGCGCAAGGCACCAGGUAAAGCUGGCCAACGAGGUGAGAAGGUGAUUGUAGGGUUUGAGAUUCAUGCGAAGAGCAUUGAUGCGAGUGAUAGGCGUGCAGAUGGCUGUCCUAGACAAACACACAUCGAACAUGAUGGAUUGGCUUUACACAUUCCCUCGAAUAACACGAGAUUGGCGCACCAAUACACUGACUCGUCUUACAUCCCAGAACAUGACGUGGAUGUAGAUGACGGAGCGACACUUCCAAUUCCAUAUACAUACUCUGUGUACUUCCGUAAAGAAGACAAGGUUGAGUGGUGGAACCGGUGGGAUUUAUACUUCAAUAACCAGCGAGAAGGAACUAAAACUCACUGGCUAGCAAUCUUAAAUUCCUUGGUGAUAUCCGGAAUGCUGGGUGUGACGGUCUUUGUGAUAUGGGGCAAGACAGUCCUGGGUGAUGUGAAGGGUCAUGGAGACGGCGCGAUGGAGGAGGGAAAGAUUAGACCAAAACGUCGCAAAUCGAAGAGUGGUUCUAGAACUCCGAAAUUAGGUGAAAAUAUCUCGAAUGGCCUUCUCGAUAAGAGCUUGGAAGAGGAUGAACUUGACACCGACGAUGAGCUCGAGGAUGUUGCAGGAUGGAAACUUCUUCAUGGGGACGUAUUUCGCACUCCUGGAUAUAGCGGGCUGCUUUCGCCCCUCGUUGGCUCAGGGAUGCAAUUACUUUUCAUGGCAGCUGGUCUCCUUCUCCUGAGCUGCCUUGGAAUUCUUAACCCAAGCUUCCGCGGUGGAUUUCUUUCUGUCGGAAUUGGCCUUUUUGUUUUUGCCGGCGUAUUCUCUGGCUAUUUCUCUGGAAGGCUCUACAGGACAUUUGGCGGCCAUAACUGGCGCAAGAACGCGAUGAUCACCUCCCUUCUGUUCCCUGGGCUGUUAUUUUGUUUAGUGUUUUUUCUGAACCUCUUUGUCUGGGCUCAAGCGUCCAGCACCGCGCUACCGUUCGGCACACUUGUUGGCUUGCUUGCUCUUUGGCUUCUUAUCCAAGUUCCCCUUGUCUAUCUCGGCAGCUGGUUUGGAUAUAUGCGGACCAAGCCUUGGGAACACCCGACGCGUACAAACGCCAUCGCGCGCCAAAUACCGCCCCAAUCAUGGUAUUUGAGGACUGUACACGGAACACUUCUUACCGGGCUCGUUCCAUUCACUGUUCUCUUUGUUGAGUUACUUUUCGUCUUCAGAAACCUGCUUCAGGACAAAAGCGGACACUACUAUGUCUUUGGAUACCUAAGUAUUGUCUGCACAAUCCUAAUCGUUACUGUAGCUGAGGUCACGAUCAUCGCGACAUAUUGCCAGUUAAACAGCGAAAACCACCGCUGGUGGUGGCAAAGCUUCUUCACGGGCGGAAGCAGCGCCUUUUGGGUCUUUUUAUACUGCAUAUGGUACUACUAUGCCAAGUUACACGUGCGCGGCUUUGUUUCGAGCCUAUUAUUCUUCAGCUAUAGCUUCCUCUGCUGUGCGGUGUAUGGUCUAUUAACUGGAACUGUUGGAUUCUUGACUGCUUAUGCUUUUAUUCGCCGUAUAUACAGCUCAGUAAAAGUAGACUAACGAGCCGAACGAACCGACAUUGACCCUUCGUUUUUCAACAUAUAUGUCACACAGCUCUUUACUCCUAUUCUAGCUUGUCUACUCGACUCACUUAUUGAAAAGCUAUUUCCCUUAUAAAUCAUAAAAGCGAUAAACCAGUCUCUAAUUGACGACGCUCUCCACAUUCCAGUUCCCGUCGUCUAUAUAUGAUGAUGAAGCUAUUGACGAUACCAGAAUUCUCCAGACUUUUCUUUCACCUUUGGCCCUUCGUUUUCUUUGUAUUUAUUUGCGUCAAUUUUUGUUUCAUUUCCGCUUUGCUUCUAACAUUAUUCCCUAAUUAGCCAUUGGUCUUUCAUUAUUGAUCGAAAUGCGUUGUAGCGCCGCUGAUGAAUGUUCUAAAUGAAUGUAUUGAUUGUUUCGAUUCCUCUCUUCUUCGUUUCUUUUCUGGGGCUUGUACUUUUGACAUAAAUAUAUAUUGCUUUGACCUUCCCACUUAUAUUCCUAGUUUCUAUCAUUUUUAAUUUCAUACGACUUCCCGGUGUCAUUGGAUUCCUUUGUGAUUCAUUGACUUCGCAUCCGGAAUCGAGGGUAAAUGUGGCAAGGGCAAUCGAAUCCUAAAUCCCCAAUUGCAGCUAGUUAGUGCAUUUAAUAAAAGAUAGGUUAAAG